UUUAUUACUUUUCUAAUCAAGAAAAAGUAUUGUUUGAUGAGGUUCUUAUGUAUGGAAAGCUAAUACAAAGGCAUGGAAAGAUCACUGACACGUCGAGACAAGAACCAGAUAUCACGAUGGAUUGGCAGGAACAGUCACUUUGAGCUUCUAUACAAAAUUAGCCGGGAUGGAGGAUCAACAGAAGUGUUCCAUGAGUUGUGUGAUAACAAAGGACCCACUGUGACCAUUUUCUACAACACUGACAACAACGUGUACGGGGGGUACCUGUCAGACAGCUGGGAGAGUACUGGAAACUGGUGUACAGACCAGAGAGCGUUUUUGUUCAAAUUACAUUCUGCUGGCAACUGGAAACCAAUGAAGUUCCCAUACGUAACAAAAGAAACCCAUUAUAAAGAUAAAUCUAACGGACCAUGGUUUUAUUCGUUGAAAUCAUUUUUUCUAAAGAUAACCGCGACUGGUAAACCAUUGUCAAACUAUUACAAUUUAGAAACUUCGAGUCUUUUGGACGGACACAGAUUUGACAUGAAAGGAGAAACCGCCCAGUCUGUGGCAAACGGUCACAACAAUGUCAUCGAUCUGGAAGUAUACCAUGUCAAAGAAGGUUCUUUAGACGAAGAACUGGACUCUUUUUGGAGGGAUUCACCAGAAUGGAGUCAACAGACUUUUCAAGAAUUAAAAGAAUUUGUCGCGAACUACAAACCUUUUGAUGAGAUAAAAAUCCCAGAGGUCAACAUUUUUCUCAUUGGUCCGGUUGGUGCAGGAAAAUCUAGCUUUUUCAAUACGAUAAACACAAUUUAUAAGGGCGAAAUGUCAUCUCGUGCAUGCGCUGGAAGCGCAGAAAUUAGUCUUACACAAAAGUUUUGCAAAUUCCGGGUUCGUGACCCUACAACAAAGAAACACCUUUGUUUCCGGAUCUGCGACACCCGGGGCGUGGAGGAAGGUGUCUCCAUUAAUGAUGAAGACUUAGGUUUUCUCCUUGAUGGAAACCUCCCAAACAAUUACACUUUUCAACUCGAUUCGGAGACGUCAACAAAAAGAACUGGCUUCGUGGAAGAACCAACAGUCAAAGAGAAAAUGCACGUGGUGGUGUUUGUACUUGAUGGUAGUACCCUGGACGUCCUGUCUGAAGGGGUCGUCUCAAAACUCAAAGAGAUCAAAAGAAAAGUGGUAGACAGAAGUAUACCACAUUUAGUUUUCCUUACCAAGAUAGAUAAACUUUGUAAAUUGGUGGAGAAAGACGUCAGCAAAACAUUCAUGAGUAGAGUUGUAGAAGACGCCGUCAACAAUGCCGCUGAGAUCAUUGCUCUCCCAAGAUCCCAAGUACUUCCGGUUAAAAAUUAUGAGAAAGAAACUACUCUCAAUACGAAUAUAAACAUUCUUGCUUUGACGGCUCUCCGCAAGUCGUUGGUGUUUGCAGAUGACUUUCUGGAGAACCAGUAUGAUUGGCAACAGGAUAAUAUGCAGAUAUUAAACAAAAGGGACUGAGCAUUUCAAACCAUUGGUCUGAUCCUAAAUGAAUGGGAUUGCAUAGUUUGAAAUAGCAUUGUACACUUAGUCUCAUUUCAAUUUGCAAAUCAAUAUCACCAGUUUACCCAAGAUUGUGAAUAUAUGAAUUUGAACUCUAAACAAGGGCAGUUGGUCACAUGAUAUUGAAUAAAUAAGUACUAAAAACGUUUUAAUUGUUUCAAUAUAUAAUCAGACACAUUGUAUACAAGCAAGAACCCCGUGGCACAAAAAAGAUAACAAUGUUUCAAAAUUCACUUUAAGCAUAUAUAGCCUUUUUUCUUGACUGGCAAUAUGUCCGGAUUUUAGUCAAGGUUUUGUAGAUUUUAUCAAAUGCGCAAGGCAGUCUAUUACUUUUUUUUCAGAUAAUAAGAUAAUGAUUAUGAUAGUGAUAAUUAAUUCUUUACUUUGCUAAUUCAGUCAAUAAACCCAUGAGACAAUUUACUAAUGAUUAGUCACAUGAUUGAGGUUAAUGAUGAAUCGACAUUUUUUUUUUACAUAAAAUUAAUUUCUAAUAAGAAAGCUUUUAUUUUCUUUUAU